AUGGCGCAAGCGGCGCUGACCGCGCUGGACACGUGGACCGCGAGGGAUUGGCGGAAGGAGGAGCGCCAAUGGCGGGAGGAGCUGCGCCGGUGGCGCGCGGAUGACGUGGCGUUCCGCGCGGAGGAAAGGCGAUUCAAAGCGGAGGAGCGCAUGUUCCGCACUGUGAGACACAGGUGUGCUUCUAACGGGUGUGCUUUUAACAGGUGGCGCCACGAGAUAAUGCAGCAGCGCCACGUGGACAACGCCAUGCACCUGUGGGACCGCACCAAGGAGUGCAACAGGCGCAGCGUGGAGGAGAAGGCGGAGCACAUGAGGGCCAUGGCGUGGCUGGCGGCCAUAGUGGGCGGAUUCACCAUGACUGCUCCUGUGGAGGCCAUGGCGUGGCUGGCGGCUAUAGUGGGCGGAUUCACCAUGACUGCCCCCGUGGAGUUCACAUACAGCGACCCCGAUGCCCCCAUGCCAUCACUGAUGGUGGUGGCGGCAAUGAUAGCAGUGUUCGUGCUGGGAGCAGUGCUGAGGAUGGGCAAGCUCUAUGUGCACGAGAGGGAGGAGGAGGAAUUUCUCGCCUCUGCCCGCUACUUUGCACUCAACCGGGCGGCAGCGGGCGGCAACAGGACGACAGUCGCCGCCCCGCCAGCAGCAUUGAGGAGCUUCGACCGCUUCUGGGACCUCAGAUGCGAGUCUGAUUGGCGGCUGACCUUCCGCCUCUUUUCUGCUGGUAUCACCUUCUUCUUCCCUCUGCUUGCCACCAUGGCGUUCCUCAAGUUUCACCCCAACAUCUGGAUCCCCUCCAUCUUCUCCUCUGUGCUGCUCGUGGCUCUCAUCCAAUGGUACACACCACUCAACUACACUCGUUUCCGCGUAUAA